GUUGAAAUGUCCGCGGCUUCGUUCACUGGUUAUUAUACACUUUGAGAGGCGUCGAGUAAGACACUCAAAGUGAAACAACUCUAGAGUUCCCGAGACAGAAGCUUCCCCUUUAAUAAAAAUUAAAAAGAAAAAAUACAAUAAUUAAUAGAUAAGCAGUUAUUAUUUGCACUGUGAUAUUUAAAUACCACGGAAAUACUUUCACAUACCUCCACACCAACAUGUCGCAGAAUCAGUCAUAUUUUUGGCAAACCACCAGACACAAUGUCUACCUGAAGAGAUCGGCCAAGUUACACAUGCUGUUGGCCCUGAUGGCAGUACUGACAUUCUCCACCAUAUGUGUGGCCGAGAUAGAUGCUGCAAAAAAUAAUGAUGAAACGGCUAUGGAAAUGGGCAUACCCUCGCAAAUGUCCAAAGAUGAACCGCUCUAUGUUAAGGAUGAGAAAUUCGAUGUUGCAAAUGAUCUACCACCAAUCGAUCCAACCAAGGAAUCUAAAGUCAAGGCCGGCUUUCUCGACGCUUUCACAGCGUCGAUCUCUGUAAUUCUAUUUACAGAGCUAGGUGAUAAGACUUUUUUCAUAGCAGCCAUAAUGGCCAUGCGCCAUCCCCGUUUAAUUGUCUUUACCGGUGCCAUAUCCGCUUUGGCCCUUAUGACCGUACUCUCGGUGGUGUUUGGAAUGGCUGCUACUAUUAUUCCUAAGGUUUAUACAUAUUACAUUUCAACUGCAUUGUUUGCGAUAUUCGGUUUGAAAAUGAUCUACGAGGGCUACUUCAUGAAGGACUCCGAUGCCCAAGAGGAAAUGGAGGAGGUGCAAGCGGAUUUGCGCAAACGUGAAGAUGAGCUGUUCCGCUCGAAACGUGGCAGUGAUGAUGCUAAACGCAAGAAUAGCAACUCUGACAAAGAGGACAAUGAUUUGGAACGCGGCGCUGGCGCCUCCACAACCAAUACUGCUUUGUCCACUGCCAAGAAUCCCGAGAUGAAACACCGACAACGCAAACAACUGUCAUCGAAUCAUACAACAACUAGCAUUAGUAGCAACAACAACGGCUGUGAACUGAACAAAGACGUUGAUAAUGACGAUGUUAAUGUUGAGAGUGGCGAGGCUGAUGCUUUCCUCAAGGGGAGCGAUGAACAGCAGCACAUCAAAAUGACCACUUUCCAUAGCAGCCCGACAUUAUCGGCGUCCGCCUUAUCCAAUCAAACGAAUCAAACUAAUUGUGAUGAUACUUCUAGUACUAAUAAGCUUAGAUUUAAUGCAACAUCGAACAAUGCUGGCGGCGGCGGCAGCAGUGGUGGUGGCACACCCUCCAAAGGUCCAGGCGGUGAUGUGAUGGUCCACUCCUCGACAUCCAAUAUACACAAUUCUCCAUCCUCGAACAAAUUGAAUGGCGGCCAUAUGCUUAACAACUCCACCACCACCACCACCAACAAGACCCUCAUCAACUCCAACAAUAACAGUAUCGAUAGUUUAAACGGCACUGCUGGUCAGUCCAAUGGCGAUUUGAAACAAUUUGGCGGCGGAAGCAAAAAACGGCUGGAACGUGAUGUUUCCGCCACCCUUAUACAGGAUCCCGAAAGUGGAGUAGUACGUAAGAAUACCAAAAAGGGAGCAGCAUAUUUAACCACCAGGGUUUUUAUGCAAGCAUUUACUAUGACUUUUCUGGCUGAGUGGGGUGAUCGCUCCCAAUUGACCACCAUUAUCUUGGCUACAAGCAAGGACGUCUAUGGCGUUAUAACUGGCGGUGUAAUUGGCCACUCCAUUUGCACCGGUUUGGCUGUGAUUGGUGGCCGCAUGGUAGCGGCUAAAAUAUCUGUGCGUACCGUUACCAUAGUCGGCGGUAUAGUGUUCCUUGGCUUUGCCCUAUAUGCCCUUAUAGUAAAACCGGAUGAUAUAUAAUCUGCCUCUGCUGGGGGACAACAGAUGGUGGACACCCUACCACCCAUUACUACAACCCACUUACCAAUCCCCGACAAACACAAACACACAUGUAUAUUAUUUUUGUAAGGACGAACGCAAAUCAUCCCUAGGAGUUAUUAUUACCUGCUUAGAAAAUCAAUUUACAUGAAUAUUUUUUUAUUAUUCUUUUUUUAUUUGUAAUUAAGAUAAUUUUUUGUUUUUAUUAUAUGUUUGUAUGUGUAUAAAAACAAUUGCAAGAGAGAAGAAAACAACGUUUUUAAGAAGGAAAGUGCAUCAAAUGUAUUCUGCAGGAUUAUAGCCUAUAAGUAACAAAAAAGAAAACCAAACUAAAUGGUGUUAUUUAUAAAGAAAACAAAAAUCCAAACAUAA